AUGAAUGUCGAAAGGUUAAUGAUAGAUCUUGACGUAAGUCAAUUAGAAAAAAUUCAAGAAGACCUGACGAAAGAGACAAAUGGAAAAAAGGAAGAACUUAGGCAGAUGGUUGGAAGGCGUUAUAGAGAUGUUUUGGAUGCUUCUAACACACUAAAACUUUUAACUGAUAUUUCAAAUAAUUUUUGUAAUAAGUUAUCUGAAACAGAAUCUUUUUUUAAAUCUCCAACUUCUGGACAAUGUAAUAAAUUGGGAUAUGAUAGUGAAAAAGUGAAUAAAGCAAAAUUUUCUUCUAAAUUUUUAUCUUUUACCUCAUUGAUUCCUAAACUUCCGUUAAGAGAUGGUCUUUCAAAUGUAUAUUUACUUCUUCUUCUUGAAAAAGUUUAUCAAAAUUUAAUUGUUGAGAAGUCUCUUUUUACAUCAAAAGAUGUUGAAGAUAUUUUACAUGAAUCCAAGAAAAGAAUUACAACUGAACGUGAAAACAUGUUUUCAAAACUUAGUGAGGAACUUGGUAAUAAUCAAAAUAUUAAAUUUUGUUGUAAUCAAUUAUUAGCUAUUGGAUUGUUAAGUGUAACCACUCUCGAUGACUACAAACAACAUUAUUUUAAUUCUAAAUUAUUAUCUAUUAAAGAGGGUGCAAUGUCUGGAGAAAAUAUUACAGAAAUUGUUAAAAAAAUUCAAAUAACAAUAAAUGCCUAUUUACAAAUUUUUGGUCCUGAUGGUUUUAUUUAUUCUUUAACAUCUGAAAUAAAAAAUCCUAAUUGGAGACCAAAAAUUGUAAGUGAAUUAAUGAAUGAUCAAUUAUAUUCUGUUACCCAAUAUUUGGAUUCAUUAAUUGUGGAUAUAAAUAAUUCUGUUAAUGUAGUUGAUUAUGCGGAAUGUAAUAUUAAUGAGUUCAAAAAUGAAUUUGAAAAUUUUAUAGAUAAAUUGGCUGUUGAAGUUAAACCAUUACUUUCAGAAAGAUGUCAAAGUUUUACUGAUAGUGAAGGAAUUGUUGAGUUUAUGCAAGAUUUAGUUGAAAAUCUUGCUAAUGAUUUUUCUAAAAUAUCUUCUCCUAAAUACAUCUAUUUUUCUUUAUUUGAAAAUAGUUUACAAAAUAGAUUUUAUCAAAUUAUUAAAGAUGAAUUAUUUAGAUCAUCUGAAAAAUUUUUAGAAAAAACAAAAGAUAUAAAUUUGAAACCACAAAAUAUAUUUACAAAAUGGAAGGCUAAAUUUGAUGAACUAGUAACGACUGGUGUUUCACAUGAUUUAAAUGAAACCAUUGAAGAAUUUUUUAUAUAUAUACAAUCUAUUAAAAAUAAUGUUAUUAAAUAUUCGAAUAUAAAUCUUGAUGAAAAUUCAACUCAGAUUUAUGAAAUAUUUUCUUCAUAUAUUCUUGAAAUGAUUCAAAAUUUUUGUAAAACUUCUUUGACUGUUGAUGAUUGUGAAGUAGAUAUUAAUCUAGUUCCAGAACACAGUACAAUAGCUGAUAUUGACUUUUGGCUUGAUAGAUUUAGAAUACUUUUAGGUAUCAUUCAACAUGAACCUCCAACAUUAUCUGAAUGUAUGGGUGAUGACUUUAAAAAGAUAAGAGAAUGUAAUAAUCUUCUCAUGAAAACAGCUGAAUCUUGUGUUUGUGUAUUUUUAAAUUAUUCUAUUGUUCAUAUUGAGUGUGAAUCUGAUCUUGUGACUAUGAUUCAAAAAUCUAAAAGUCCUAUGGAUUGGUUAGAAAGUUUACAAAAGUAUGAAACUAUAUCAAUAGGAGAAAGUGGUACAAUAAAAGUUCCCGUUUCUUUAAAUAUUUAUAUUUAUAAUUUUCUAUCAAAAAUAACUUCACAUUUAAAUGAUAAAGGAUUUGGUCAUAUAUUAACAAGAGGAGCAACAACUCAUUUAAAUAAAAUUGUUGGUGAUAUUAUUUUAUCUAAAAUGGAGGAAUGUAUUAGAGUUUGUUCAUCUUCAAAGAUUAUCCUAUUUCAAUUAUUACUUGAUUCUAAAAUUCUUUUUUCAAUGUUUUUCAAUGAAAAAUUUUUAACAAUUAUAGCAAAAUUAGAAUCAAAAAUAAAUCAUGUAGAUUUGGAGUUGUCUUCUGAAUAUAUAACAAAAAAUGCUAGUUUAUUUAUACAAAAAACAUAUAUGUUAUUUGGUUUGUUACAAAUUGAACAAACACAAGGAAAAGAUAUAAUGAAACCUUCACAAGGGCAAACUAAUAUUGCAGAAUUAUAUCCUAGAUUUGAGGAUGUUGAAUUCUUACCAUCAUUACCUCGUUAUACAAAAUCAAAGAGAGAUAUUACUCGUACCCGUGAACCAGAAUCCACAGAUCAAAAUAUUAGAUUAGUAGAAAAGUUUUAUAGUUUCUUUCAAUAA